ACAGAAAGUGCUGCUGUUCGGGGAAGGAAGAGCAUGUCAGCGUCUGUGCGGGAAACGGAGAGACAUUCAGAGUCAGGAGGGCGGGACGGAGCGAGAAAGAGAGAGAGAAAGAGAGAAACCUGAAGCUCAAAGUGAACAACAGACCUGAGAUCAGCGGCAUUCCCCUCUCUGCUGCCUGCUGAGAGAGAAGCGACUGGGAGCUCUGUCCAGUGAAAGCACGACGGUGGUUUUCAUAAACACCCAAGAAGCGUCAUGGAGUUCUUCAAGGACUGCUGCAAGAAUUUCUCUCAGAGGAACAAGCAGGAGCAGGAGACCCAAGUGAUCAAAAUAAAGGCGCCUCCCAAGGAGAUAUUGGUGACAGGAGAGCUGCCGGAGGAGAGGACUAGGACGGAGAAAGCGGAAGACUACCUCAUUUCUAAGCAGCCUCCGGGCGGCAGAGAGGUCCCGUUUGUCGUGCCCACCUUCAAGCCCACUUACGUUCAACCCCCGAGCCGCCAGUUCUCAGCUCUGCAGCCUGGGCUGCACAGCUCAGCCCGGUCCACGUACGCGGGGAGGAAAGCAGAACUGCUGGGCGCCAGUUUCUUCCCGUACAACUCGGAGUCCAUCUUCCAUCAGGGCAGCAUGCCGGCGUACAUCUCCCCCGGCGCCGCCCGACGAGACGCGCUAAAGAGCAGCCCUCAAAGCCCAGGUUGGACUCUGAAACCAGGCAACCAGCGGCGCCUGAGCAGCUCCAUGCUCGACCUGGCCAGCCCUCAGAGCCACAUGCAGCGAAUUGACUCCACCUCCAGCACCGUCAGCAGCGCCUCUUCCAUGAUGAGCUCCAUUGAAAGCAGCCUGGAAUCCAUCGCUUUGUCGGGGGACGAGCAGGAACUGGGGAAGGUCUGUGUCCGGGUACGAUAUCAGCAGGACGUGGAGCAGGUGUGGAUAACCCUGGUUCAGUGUUCGGACCUUGUCGUCCAUCCAGAUGAAGAGCAGAAGGUCGGCUUCAAAGCGAUCCUCACCGUCCCCAAACCCAUCCAGUUCAAGACCACGCUCAAGGAGUAUCACCAGAAUGUGGCCUUCAUGGAGACCUUUGUGUUCGCGCUGCGCCUGCAGCAGCUGCAGAGCAGCGCUUUGGUGCUGCGCCUGCAGACGCACGGCCCCAGGAAACGCACUGCGGCCGAGUGUGUCCUCUCCCUGCGCCAGCUCGGCCCCCAGGAGUCGGAGCACUGGCUCGACCUCCAGCAGCCCUCCAAAUCCUCGGUGUGUCACUCCGAGCUACACCUCAGCACCCUCUUUCAGCCAGUCAGUGGACGCAUCCAGGUCAAGAUCCUCGCAGCCCAAAACCUCCCACCGUCCUCCUCUCCCCUCUCCCAGGGUAAGCGCGCCGCCAUUUUCAAAGAGUCGUUAACUCAGAUUAUCGACGAGGGGCUUCGAUGUUCAGUUGUUUCUGUCGCCUCCUCCAAAGUGUUUUUCGUCAAAGCCGAGAUGCACCAGUUAGGCCAGCCGGAAAUUAAGAAGAAGACCCGCGCGCUGAAGGCGUCGGGCGGUCGGUGUCGCUGGGAGGAGACGUUUCACUUCCUGUUGGCGUCGCUGGAGCACGCCUGCUCGCUGUCGCUGAGGCUCUACAGCCGCAGCUCCGUCAGGAGGAAACAGUGUCUUGGACAGAUUCAGCUGGGUUUCGACAGUCCUCUGCCGGAGGCCGUGGAGCAGUGGAAGGACACGAUGGCUCACCCAGAGAAAGUGGUGGCAGCCUGGCAUCGGCUGAGUCCUCCCUAAAUCCACCGCUGCUGAGACUUUAACUUUUAAAAGCGGCAGACGCCUGGCUCCCGCCCGACUCCCGCCCGCCGGUCACUGAGCAGGCUGUUUACGGCCCAGACUCUACGCCGCAGGUUGACGACCUGGAAGACAUUUGAGAUGUUUGGCAAAAUUCUGUAAAUAGAGGAUUCGCACAAAGUUUUAGAUGAUUGGGGGAGGAAGUACAUGCAUUUCUGGAAAAAGGAGGCUGUCUUUUUUCUUUUUUUCUUUAUAGGUCAGUUCACUGCUUCUGGUGAAAACGCCGGUUCGGUUAGACGUGUGUUUACAAAAGUCUUGAAAUUUGAUUAGUUGGCUGAUGAAGAUCUGCAUUUUUACAUAAGUUUGAAGUACUUUGAACAAUUUUUCUCAAUUUUGUCUUUUUUUUUUUCUGAGAGCCAAGCUAAUCAAAGAAACGAAGAAGAAAUAUACGGAAGCCUGAACAACCCAAGUUUUAAAAGUCAGAAAAGAGUGCACUUUAAUUCGCAAGGCACUUUUAACAUUUGGGACAGUGACAUUUGCAGUGCCUUGAAAAGGUUUUCACACCACCUACCCAUAUUUUAUCACUACACAACUAACCAGUGCAUUUUGAUGAGCUACUAUUGGACAUGUUGUAAAUUUUUAUCUCAUCUUUUAUAAAUGUUUCCUCGCAGCUUUGCUAUUCACGCUUGAAUUUAGCAUUCCCACAGCGUCGUGCUGCCACUACCAUGUUUCACCAUGGGGAUGCUUUUUGAAUCUAGGUUGAUUUGCAAGGAAUUUUUAUUAACGAAAGCGGGCUGAGUGCACAUCUCAGAUUGAAUUGGGCACCUCAUCGUGUUGCGCCGUCACGUAAAGUCCCAAUAAAAUACGUUGUUGUGAUGUGACAAAAUGUGAAGUGUGUGAAAACUUUCACGUGGCAUUUCUGAUUUUCUUGCCGUCAGUGAAAGUUUAAACCCCGCUCUCGGUUGUUCAGACGACGGCCACCAUCUCUGAUGCUAAUUUAUGUAAUUUAUUGUGUUUUUUUGUUUGUUGUCCUUAUAAGGCACUUUAUCUUCUUGUAUUUGUCAUAGUUAUUUAGGAUUUUGUUCAGAAAUGUGAAGUGUAAUCAUUGAACCAGUUCACUUGGUUGAUUAAAAAUGUAACUUAAAGAAA